GAUGCUGGCUAGAAAUCCUUAUCUUGUCGCCGCUUGACCAUAGGAGAACGAUCACUCCAUCGAAGAAGUUAUUAAAAUAUUAAAAAUUAUUCAACUCUCUCCAGUCUCCACCCAUCGGCGGUCGAACUGUCCCAUCGGAGCCAUCCUCAACGCCCUUCUCCACCAUAAUUCCUCCUCCCCCCACCGCUUCUCCCUCUCUCUCCACCUUCUGCUCUCUCUCUGGUUGAAGCCAUAGGCCGGGAUUCUGGAAGGGGCCGGGGGAUGGUGGACGACGCGAGGGCGAGGAAGCCCCUGCUGCCGCCCAGGGCCUCCGCCGGCGGCAGCGGCGGCGGAGGGAGGCGGAUGAUGAGGAAGUGGGCGCUGAAGUUGGGGACGAGCAUCCUGUUAUGGACGGUGAUCAUGCAGCUGACGUCGUCGUUGCAUCCCCGCCUCACCAAAUCCUGGCCCGCCGGCUGCUUCGACCACCGCGGCCGCCGCAACGCCACCAACUCCGUCCUCGACCUCGGCCGCUCCCCGCCGUCGCCGCCGGCGAUCGUCCCCCGAAGGGUUUACAAAAGCAAUGGCUAUCUUCUGGUGUCAUGCAAUGGUGGCUUGAAUCAAAUGCGAGCUGCGAUCUGCGAUAUGGUCACUGUUGCGCGCUAUCUGAAUCUAACCUUGGUAGUUCCUGAACUUGAUAAAACAUCUUUCUGGGCUGAUCCUAGUGACUUUAGGGAUAUAUUUAAUGUUAAUCAUUUCAUUAAUUCCUUGAGAGAUGAAGUAAAGAUCAUCAGAAAACUUCCAGACAAGUUCAGUAGAAAAAUUUCAGAUAAGUCUGGUAGAAAAUUUCGCAGGCAAAUAUUCUCUAUGCCUCCGGUCAGCUGGUCUAGUGAGAAAUACUACUUGAGGCAGAUCUUGCCUAUUGUAAGGAGGCACAAGGUGAUCCAUUUUGAUAAAACGGAUGCUCGUCUUGCAAACAAUGGCCUUCCUAUUGAGCUCCAAAAGCUUCGUUGCCGUGUUAAUUAUGAGGCAUUAAAAUUCACGCCACAGAUUGAAGCUCUAGGUGACAAGCUUAUCUCAAUUCUACGGAGAAGGGGGUUCUUCGUUGUGCUUCAUCUGCGAUAUGAGAUGGAUAUGCUAUCUUUUUCUGGUUGUACACAUGGAUGCUCUGAUGAAGAAACUGAGGAACUCACAAGGAUGAGAUAUGCAUAUCCAUGGUGGAAAGAGAAGGAAAUAAUAUCCGAGCAGAAAAGGCUAGAAGGUUUGUGCCCUCUUACACCUGAGGAAAUAUCAUUGGUCUUACAAGCGCUAGGCUUCACGAGGGACACCCAGAUAUACAUUGCCUCUGGAGAGAUCUAUGGUGGCGAGAGAAGGCUGGCUGCUCUAAGGGCUGCAUAUCCUAAAAUAGUAAGGAAGGAGAUGCUUCUGAGUCCCGAUGAAUUGAGGCCUUUCCAGAAUCACUCAACUAAGAUGGCAGCAUUAGAUUAUCUGGUUUCUGUUGCAGGUGAUGUUUUUAUUCCCAGUUAUGAUGGAAAUAUGGCAAAAGUUGUAGAGGGACACCGCAGGUUUAGCGGCUUCCGAAAGACCAUUUUGUUGGAUAAGAGAGAACUAGUAAAGCUUUUGGAUCUCCUCAAAGAUGGGAAACUAUCGUGGAAUCAGUUCUCUAGUGCUGUUCAAGAAGUACACAAGAACCGAAUGGGCCAGCCAGCUAUAAGGAAGGUCAUUCCUGAAUGGCCAAAGGAGGAGGACUAUUUUUAUGCCAAUCCUCAAGAAUGCCUUGCCCCUCUUAAGGAGUCCAGGCACUGAAUCAGGGCAUCUGAAUUCUGAAGCUGUUGAUAAGUAAUUCUUGUCAUCUUUCUGACUAUGAUAUUCUCCUUUAGAGGGUAUGCCAGCGUAUCUGCAGCUUCCUUUGUAUAGCUGACCAAGUUUUUUUUUUCCAUCUCUCGUUUUUUAUGAGCAAGACAUAGAUGAUGCAGUAUGCAAAGAACCUGGGACAGAGAGGAGCACACAAUGCUGUCAUAAUGGAGCUAAAACCAUGAGCAUAGAGUGUAAAGAUUGAAGGAUCACAAAUUUGAUUUGUUCACAACCUGGCUUCGUUCUAGCUUCAUUUUUGAUGACUGCUUUGCCAUUCUUUUAUAGCUCAGUUCUUUUGAUUCUUCGUAUAUUUUCUUCAGUUUAAUUGACACAACUAUAAUAGCAAACAUGGUGGCCUCUAGGCUUGUAUCAGGAUUCUUCUGCUACCUCUUUCUUUUGUUACAAAAUAUUGAGUUUAGUUACUGAAUGUUGUCUUCAGUUGCAAUUACAAACUCAAUUUGAUGGGCUACUGCUCAUGUAGUCAUGUGAUUCUGAAAUGGGAAACAUAUUAGUACCAUGGCCUGAAUUCAGCAUCUCCAUCUCUGUUGGUACCAAGUAUCUUGAAUAUGAACUUUUACAUUGCUCCGUUGUAUUUAAUAGCUGUUUCCUUUCAACUGCUGCUCUGAAAGCUUUGUUGGUAUCAUUUUUUGCAAGUUGGAAGGGUGAUGAUGCAUCAUUUGUUUUUAUCCCUCCUCUCUUUCAUGUAUUCCUGAUUAAGUACUGACCUAUUAAUGGCAUUAGAAUGUGUGAUUUAAGCAUUAUUUCAAUAUUCAAUUCCAUAGAGGCUGUAAGAAUUUUGAACAGCUGUAGAACCCACUGGUUAGAAGAGACUCAGCUCUUCUAUCAGUGCUUUAAAGUUUAGUUUUGCCAGAAGAGACUCCGGUCUUCCAUCAGUGCUUUGUAAUUUAGUGUGGCAUGUUAAGCAGGCAUUUCUUUGCUACCCAUAUGCCUAGCUGGUGGAAAAUCGCUUUGGAUGUGAUUUAAACAACCUCAAAAGUAUGGUUGUUUUCUUGGGAGACAGCAACAGGGAAACCAUAACAUUGUGGCUAAUAUACUCUAUGCCAUGAUUUUGUUUUUGGUUUUAGAGGGCUACAGACUCAAUAAGGAGGACCGAAAGCCCCUUAGCCGGCUCGAUGAACGCCGGCCUACUUAUGACAAUUUGAAAAAUUCUAUGGUACUCCAACCAUGUUGAAACUUACGGCUUGACAGGAUUAAAGAAAAGGUAUAAAAGCUGCUUGAUCUAAGCCUCAGUUGCCGGCCUGUGGAAAUGAGGUAAUUUGCAGGCGACCUGCAGAAACGUAUGGAAGAUGCCACCUGGUCUUCACAGGCAAGUCUUAGACACGAACACCUUGCAUUUAUGUAUUUAUUGGGUAAACCACUGUGCCAUCCAUUCAUCCAUCAAGAACGAACUUUCAAUAUGAUGCUGAUCCCGUGCCAACUUAUAUUAAGAGUUUGGAACAGCAAUUUUGCGAAAAAAGAUACCAGCAAGGAAAUCUACAUAAUCAUUUGGCCUAUUUUCUUUAUUGGUUAUUUAUGCAGUCUAAGCAUAUGAAGGCAUCUAGAGGAGACUGGGGAGGAAACAAGUAUCAAGUGUGAAAAUUGAUUUCUUUCAUAGGAUCUUCUCUCAGGAGACUUGGCUCCCUCCUCCAGUGGUGCAGAAGUCAGAAGUCAUAACUCGGCUCAUUCUUGUUCCGCCCUUAGCUCCUUGGACGUGGCCCUGCCCUCGACGAUUUUCCCGGCAUUUACCGAAGCGCAAACCGCACGCGACCUUGACUGGUGGAUACUCUAAGCACAAGCGGGAAGAGCCUUCUGCCUGCUCUCCUCCCUCUUCUCUCUUCAAAGAUGAUAUUUGCUGAAGUAUGGGAUGGUAGUUAGGUUAAAAUAAAGCUGUGAGAAGAGAUCGUACAAGUUGUGUUUGGGAAUACAACAGAUGGACCGAGGAUAUGUCUAAUGGUAAGCAUGCUUGGUGAACAAGGAUCCUUGAAUCCGAGUUUAUUUUGUUAGGCUAAGAGUUACCUCCUCAGUCACUUUACAUCUAAGCUACUUCUCCACCGUUGUUCCAAAUCUUGUUCAUCAUCAUUUUCUGUGGCAUUUACUGCCACUGGAGUAGCCUAAAGUUGAUAUGUCACAGCCAUUUCCUGAAAUUUUAAUAGCUAAAUGUAUUUUCAUGUGGUGAGGCUGCACUGGAAGUAAGGAGAAAAGGAUGACUAAGGAUCCUUAUCUCGUGUGAUGAUUAAGGAUAACAAAUAGGGUGCUAACACAGGAAUCCGAGGCAGGCUUUUGUGGUCUUAAUAACGAAAAACAAAGUCUGGUUUGAUGAACAAGAUACUUUGGAUGGCCAAUUGGCCAUCAUAGGCUUCUGGUGAUGUGGGACCUUAGUAGCAUAUCUUUUGAUGCAACCUGCUGAAAGUGGAACGGUUAAAUGACCCACUUGAGAUAUGAGUUUGUCCCCUCUCUGUCUUA